AUGGUGGAGGCGGCUGACGGAAGGGGGGCACCCAGAAUAUACCUGCUGACUCUACUGGGAAAUCUGGGGAUGAUUGUGUUCAUCAACAGCCUCCACACCUCCAUGUUCUUCUUCAUCAACAGCCUUUCCUUCUUCGAGUUUAGCUUCAUUUCUGUGCCAUGCCCCCCAUCCCAAAUCUCUCCUGCCCUGACACAUGCAUCACUGACCUGGUCCUCAACCAUCCACUUCGCUCUCACCUCCUACAUCCGCAUCAGAGUUGCCAUCCAGAAGAUUAAGUCCACCAAAGGCAGAUGAAAAGCCUUCUCCACCUCUGCUUCCCACCUAACUCCUGCCACCAUAUUCUAUGGGACAAGCUCCUUCAUGUACUUCACACCCAGUUCAAAAUUCUCCACAGAGCACAAAUCCUAUGAUUUACAGCCUGAGGAACAAGGACAUCAAAUAAGCCCUUCAAAGGACAGUAGCAAGGCUGCAUUCCUCUGUGAGAACCAUAUUGAUUCAUGA